GAUAUGGAUCUUUUAAAUUACUUUAAUGAUGAAGUCUAUUCAUAUUUAUUAAAAUCGAAAGAUUCCAAACAUGUUUGGAUCAAUUAUUUAUCUGAGUUCUGUGAUAAAAGCUGCAUUAAUUAUCAAAAUAUUUUGUUCUAUGGAAGUGAGCAAAAUGAUGAGAUUAAAGCUAUUGAAACUUUUAAGAACGCAUCAUCGGUUUGGACAUUUAAAAUUGUAGAAGUCAUAAUUAAAAACAACUCAUGUUUCUUCAAUAUUGAACGAUCUUCAUGUAUCACGAAAACUGUGAGGGAAAUUUUCAUGAAUUCUAAUUUCGGAAUGAGUGAAAAGUUUAAUGAUGAAAGUGUUAACGUUGAAUGUAAAUAUGCUGAAGAUGAAUCAUCUCUCUUGUCAUAUCGUAAAAAACUUAUAGGCGAUGUUAUGAGAAAUCUUAUCUGCUAUUCAAAAUAUGCCUAUACCAAUGAACCCUCUAAUGCAAAAUAUCAAGUAAUAGUAACAACAGUAGCAAAUCUCAAAAAUUUGGAAGCUUCCACACGUCAGAAGUUUGUAUUGUGUGCCGCAAUUCUUGAUCCGAAAACUAAAAAAAAAAUCCAAACAAGUCUUACUGAGUACCUCUCGAAACGAAGUCAGGAUAUGCAUUUAAUUUCAAUUCACAAGUAUGGAAUACGAGUGAAAACAGACGAUGCCUUCAAAGAGUUAAUUGAAAGACUUGGAAAGAAUGCAACAAACUUAGACAUUUUGGAAGUGAAACAUUCUUCGGCGUUGAUACUUACAAGUAAUUCUAAACAAGAAUUCAUCUUAUAUAACUCAGCAAGGCUAGAAAGAAUCAUGGAAAGCUUUAAUAAGAAAGUUGAUGAGAAAUAUUAUGAAAAGCUACCACAUUUAAAUAAUAUAGAUUUGAGUGUUUUGAAUGAAGAAGAGGAAUGGAAAUUAAUUAAAAUAAUGCUCUUGUUUCCCGACACAAUAAAUCGAUCGAUAAACGAUCUUUCAAAAGACCUGUUUAAAUUCAUAUUUCGUAAAUGCUCAGAUUGUCUACGAUUAAGUUAG